AGCUCCGCCUCAAUGAUCUUCCAGCACAGCAGCUUAGACAGCACACUGCAAGCAUGGCCGGGGACAGUGAGACACAUCUAAGGGACCGUGGCGAGAACACCAGCAUUAUUCGACAACCUUUUCUCAUCGGUGUCUCCGGAGGCACUGCCAGCGGCAAGUCGUCAGUAUGUGAGAAGAUCAUGGAGCUGCUGGGCCAGAACAAGAUUGACCACCACCAGCGGCAGGUGGCGAUCCUCAGCCAGGACAGCUUCUACAAGGUGCUAACUCCAGAGCAGAAGGCGAAGGCACUUAAGGGACAGUUCAACUUUGAUCACCCAGAUGCCUUCGACAAUGAGCUGGUAUUGCAAACGCUCAGGGAGAUCCUGCAGGGGAAGACGGUCCAGAUCCCAGUUUACGACUUUGUCACUCAUUCCAGGAAAGAGGAGUUUGUAACGGUGUAUCCGGCUGAUGUGGUCCUGUUCGAGGGCAUCCUCAUGUUCUACUCACAGGAAAUCAGAGAUCUGUUCCAGAUGAAGCUUUUUGUUGACACAGAUCCAGACACACGGCUCUCACGCCGAGUUCUAAGAGACAUCAGUGAGCGUGGCAGAGAGCUGGAGCAGGUGCUGGCUCAAUACAUCACUUUUGUGAAACCAGCCUUUGAGGAGUUCUGUUUACCAACAAAGAAGUAUGCAGAUGUGAUUAUUCCACGAGGAGCAGAUAACCUUGUUGCCAUCAACUUGAUAGUACAGCACAUCCAAGACAUUCUGAACGGCGGACUAAGCAAGCGCCACAACGGCUGCACGAACGGCCACAGUACUCCACGUCAGCGGCGGACCUCCGAGUCCAGCAGCAGGCCUCAUUGACCUCGUCACACCUCUCUUCAC